AUGCUAAAAAACUUAUUUAUUGUAUUGGCUCUAGUAAACAUUGGACUAAGUACAGAAACAAGUACCGAAGAUACUUCAGUUUCAUGUCCUACCACAACCCCUACAGAAACUCUAGCUGUAAUUUCUUGGAACAAAAAAAAUGUAAGAGUUUACCAUGCUCAUGAUGGAGUAGUAGAUGAAUGGUGUUAUGACGGCGGCAGCUGGUAUGUUGGAUCAUUUUCUGCUACUGGAAAAACAGUAUCUGCAGUAGCCUGGAACACCGUAAAUAUUAGAGUUUAUGUUGGGGAUGGAACUAAUAUAGUUGAAUAUUGCUGGGAUGGAAAAGGAUGGUAUGUCGGCUCAUUCACAGCUGAAGGAGUUGUUACUGGAUCAACUUCUUGACUAAGUGGUUCAAAUAUCAUUAUUAAAGUCUAUGUGAAAACACAUCUUGGAAAUAUAGAAGAGCAUACUUAUAAUAAAGGAUGGUCUGUUACGUCAACUUUUGGAUAG